ACUCUUCGCUUCACUUGAUGGUCGACGCUCGUAUCCAUUCACUCCCUACGACUUGGGGAUUCGGAGGCCUUGACCAAAGACAAGCAAACCCUUGGUGGCUAUUUUCUCUUCAACGGCCUGAGCCCCCUUUCAUUCGCAAUCAACGCUCAAAGCGCCAGAUAGUAUCUGGCUCAAAGGAAUAGUGGUCACCGUCAUCUCUGCCCGAGGUCACAGUAACCAUUUCUUUGUAGCCGUUUCCCAACCGGUGUUUCACGCUGCGGCAACUUGAAGAGCAAUCUCACGAUCCACCCGCACCGUCUCAAAUCACGAUAUGAUGUCGAGCAACUUUGUUUAACAAUACCGAGGAAACCAUUUACGAGUGCUGGGGAUAUCGGACUGAGCCGACUCAUAGCACUGAGUGAUAACGCAUCCUCAAGAUGCCCCUUCCGAAUCCGCCAGUGGCGUUGGACAACGCGUGUUCCGUCAUUUUCAACAACACACUUUACACCUUCUCGGCAGCUGCAUUCCAAGCGCUACCGCUUUCGCCGGGAGCAAAAUGGAAAAAGCUACCCCAUGGUGAGAAGGUUACGGGGGGAGUCUGUGUUGGAUCGACUCCAGGAGAUCCAAAGUUGGCCGGGCUUUAUGUGGUUGGAGGAAAGGGAAAGACGCCUGGUUACCAGGGCCUCCAAAAGUUCACAUACUCGACUGGGAAAUGGGAGGCCAUCACCCCGGAGACUCCCGUGACACAAGACCGGCUCUGGCACGGCGCCGUCUACCUCAAUGGCUCGGAUUCGAUUCUACUCUACGCCGGAGCUCAGGAUGGAGCCAAGCAUCCUUCCACCCAAACCUUCACUGUCGGUGCUUCAGCACCAUAUGCAGUUUCUGCCUUCCAGUCGGUAGCGCCACCCACAACCAACCCCAUCCUCCUUCAGUGGUCCGACUCGCAGGCAGCAUUGGUGGGCGGAAGCACGACAAAUACGCAGGUGACGCUCUUCAGCCCCGAGACAUCAUGGGUUGAUUCCGGAGCAUCUCUGGCAGAACCGUUGGAGAAAGAUAUAACGGCGAUGAAGGCUGUGCUGGUCAAGGGAGACGACGGAUCCAAGAACCUCUAUGUCUUUGACAUGACAGUGUCGCCGAACCUGGUCAAGAGGAUUGUAUUGGUUGAUGGACAAGGAGCACCGGUGCAGAACUCGGCCCCAGUCGUGAGGUCGGUGGAGGCCGUCGAGUCUCGUCUGGUGGGAAGGAGGGACGCCGAGUCGCUCACUGUGAAUGAUUGGCCGCAGUACAAUUCGACACUGGCACCGAAAGCCACCCGAAGUAAUUAUGCCGUGGCGGAAGAUCUGGAUGGGCUGAUCGUCUUCUCCGGUGGGAACGACGAUGAUAUCCUUUGCAUGUUCAAUGGAAGGGGAAACAGUUGGCGGAAUGCCACUGCUAUGUUGGUGGACCAGACCGUGCUUGCCGCGAAUACUGUUUCGUUAUCCGAGUCAGCCACACCCACGGCCACGUCGGCAACGCUUUCAACCAGCAGCAGCAUUGGCAGCAGCACUGCCACGGCUACCCCUACUCCAACCUCGACUCAGGCUGCGGCGACCGAUUCCGGAAGCGGCGGGAUCCCAACCAACACGGUCCUGGGUAUAUCCCUUGGCUCGAUAUUUGGGCUCGCCGUGGUCCUCAUCCUCCUCUACUUGUGCCUCGAAAGGCGUCGCAAGCGGCAAGCCAACAUUGAAGCCGGCAACGACGGCAGGGGAUACGCGGCGUCGACGAGCGAGAAAGACAGCAUUGUCUUUGCUAGUGAUAGCUUACCUCGCGGCCCGGUGGGGGGUGGAUUCCGGGGGCACCAGGUGCAAGACUCGCAGGGCUCGUUCUCAUCAAUAGCCAUCUUGAUGGGCCGCAUCAAGCAGCAGGACUCCCACCAACCCGAGGGCGUCAGCCGCAAUCCCAGCCAUCAGACCAAGCGCAGCUCGACGAGCAGCAUCUUUAACAAGGCCUUUAAGAGUACCAUCAGCAAGCCGAUGCCGCAAGGGGUUGCGCCCAUGACUGCUAUUCCGCCUCCGCCUCCGCAGCCCGCAGACGUGCAGAGCAGGGAAGACAAGGGUGUAUCCUUCGCGCCGGACACUGCAGGAACAAAAACAACGCCGCGUGCCGCCAACGCCGCUGCCGCCACGGACCGGCAGGGUGCCACACGCCGCAGCUCGGGCUGGAACAGGUACUGGUCAGGCGGCUCGGCUUUGAACAUUCUCGGCUUCGGUCACGGCAACGGUAGCGGUAAUGGUGCUGCUGCUGCUGCCAACUCCAAGAGGAUGACGGUUGAGUCUGCCCGGAGCUCUAACUACAGCGACCGGUCAAACUACCGAAUCACUCAAGACAGCGCAACUGUGCCACCCCUGAACGUCUAUGAGCCCCGCGCUUCCUUCAGCCGGGUCAACACCGGUAGCCCGACCAUUGCGUAUCACGAUAGCAAGCUCAAAGAGGGUAUGAGCGGGCAGAUCGAGCGACCCGUGAGCGCGCUCAGCGAUGGUUCUGCUUACUCGAGCGGCAUCCCGGCAUCUGUGCACGAGGCAUGGGACCCGACGAUGCCUGGGAAGCCCUGGGGUUCUGACAGGGCACCAAGCAGUGCCUACAGCAGCGGAUGCACGACUGCCCUUGCGCCUGCCGGCUCCACGGCCAAGCAGCCGGCUCAGGCGCCGACCGGUGUGAGUCGGCAACCACAGCUUGCUAUGGCGUCGACGUCCUCGGAUAUGAGCUGGUUGAACCUCGGAGACCACAAAGAUUCGCGUGUCUGAUCUUCCAUCCCCUUCGCUUCUCGGACCCAACCAUUGUCCCCAUGGACGCCCGCUCCUUUACAUAAAGAAAGACACGAACACCCACGGUCGAGAUUCAUGACAGCUUCCAUAGCUUGACGCCCAUCGCUUAUACCCCAUAAAGAGAGACGUCCCGGGGUACCAUCUUCUCGUCGGCUAUCUCAUUCCCAUUUCCACGAUCUGGCUUUGGCCACACCAUCGGCAGGAACUCUAUCUUGUCGACAUAGAAGCGCCCACGCAUUUACGGAGGAAAGGAAACAUCAAAAGUUCAAUCCAGCCUUUCUUCAACUCACCUAUAUCAGUGCCUCGAUUUUUCUGGCGUUUUCGAGA